CGCCGAAUUUGUAACUCUUUAUUCCCCGUUAGCCACUAAGGGUUAUGUAAUACUUAUUCUGAUACACACUAUAGCUCCUCUUUGGUCGAUUCGCUAUUGUCUCUAAAACAUCGAAGAUAAAAUUUUGGGAACAUUUCUUUUUCUGUCAUGAUCUUCUCUAUAAACAGCUGCCGACUUUGUCAACACUGAUGAUUCGCGUCACUCACCCUCUCCUAAGUAUGUUUGGUUUAAUUCGUCUUUUACCCUGCCAUAUUCUUCUUUCUUGGUUUGGAUUAGUUUCGUUUAUAUCAGCUUCUGCAAUAAAAAAUGCCUUCUUUGAUUUCAAUUCUACUACCGCUGGUUAUUGUUCUCAGCAUCGCAGCCACAGAGUUGCUUGCAUCUCCCAGCAAUCAAAAAAGACCUUUGCUUCACCAUCGAAUGACAAAGAGGGAGCUAUCAAAAUAUUUUGGGGCAACUUCUCUAGCUGAAGUCCCGGAAUAUGAGGUGACCUCGCCAUUCCAAGCAGAUGAUGCCGGACAGUUCAUCACACAUGAGCUUCACAAGCGUAGUCGUACAAAACGAAGCACAUCUCAACCCGACUCCUGGUUUUACAAAAUGGACGCCUUCGGGUUCUCACUUCAUUUAAACGUCACCAAAGCUAAACAUCUUCUAGCUCCAGGAUCCAUUGUGGAGACCACACAUGAAAAUGGCAGUAAAUCGUACACCUCGCUACCCAAGAACACUUUUUAUAGUGGUCACGUGGUUUCACAUCCGGGCUCCGUUGCUGCUAUUAGCAACCAAGGUGGAUUGACUGGCAUGAUUAGCCUCAUGGAACAGGCGCUUUUUAUCCAUCCUUUACCGAGCCAUCUCGCACAGGAUUAUGGGUCAAUCGAUGGAGGCCAACCCCAUUUAAUCUAUAGACGGUCAUUGCAUGACAUCAUUGGACAGGGUUGUGACGUCUCAGAUGUUCCCGAGCGCACCAAACGGAGUCUGGAACCGAACAGAAAUAAGCGAUCACGCGACGAACGUUCCACGUCUCACAAACACUUGGAGGUUGCCAUGGUAGCGGAUGACAUGGUAGUUAAGACACACGGAGAAGAAAACUUGAGGAUGUAUUUACUCAUGCUAGCUCACCUGGUGGACAACAUGUUUCACGACGAGAGUGUAGGAGAAAAGAAGCUCACGUUGGUAGUAGUAAAAGUUUUCAUCAGGAAAGACGGGCUGGGUUACAACUCGUCAGCUAACAAUCGACAAAGACUAGAGAAGCUAUCAGCCUGGGGAGAAGCGAAUAUGCCACAAUCAGACAAAGAUCCUGGGCAUGCGGACUUGAUUAUUUUGCUGACAGGGCAAGGCUUUGGAGGUUUAGCCAUGAUGGGUUCCACAUGCGCAACAAAGUUUGGCAGAACUGUUAACAAUGACAUUGGGAUGGCGUCCGCUAUCAUCAUCGCUCAUGAAGCAGCGCACACAUUUGGCCUUGGACAUGAUGGCGGAGGUGAGCGGUGUAACAACGGCGAGUACAUAAUGGCCAGUGUUGUGAGCGAUGGCAAAAAUGCAUUCAAGUGGUCACCUUGUAGCAGUAAUCGUAUGCAAGAAUUCCUCACUGGUUCCGGUUCAUCCUGUUUGGAUGACAACCCUCAUGACUUCAUCCAAGAGCCCAGCAUCUUCCACAAUAAGCUUCCUGGACAGAUCCAGAAUGCUAAACUACAGUGUAGUCUGCAGUAUGGCUCAGAGUAUUUUCAAUGUCCACAGAGAAAAGCUGACUGUGGCUCUUUGUACUGCACCAACGAUGGUUAUAAAUGCAAGAGCUAUGGAGCGCCACCUAUGGAUGGCACAAGAUGCGGCGACCGACAUUGGUGCAUCCAAGGUGAAUGUGUGGAUGAUGGAUCCCCGAUGAUUGACGGAGGAUGGAGUGAUUGGCAGGACACACAGUCGUGCACUCAAACUUGCGGUGGAGGCGUUCAGUGGAAAACAAGAUCAUGCACCAACCCGGUGCCGCAAAAUGGUGGAAAAUUCUGUGAGGGAUCAGAUAAAGGAUUUUGGUCAAUGUGCAAUACACAGCCUUGCCCUCCAGGUUCUAAAGACUAUCGCCUUCUUCAGUGCCAGGCGUUUGAUCCGAAGUCUGAAGUGCAGUGGGGAUCAGAUCCUUGCAUUUUAAUGUGCCGCAAAGGAAGUUUAAUAACACCUCGAGGCAGAGUUAAGGAUGGCACUCUAUGCAACAUCAACCCCAUGAUCAAAGAUGUCUGCAUUGAAGGAAUUUGCAAGUCCGUUGGUUGUGAUAUUAAAAUGGACUCAGGAUUGAAGUAUGACCACUGUGCAGUGUGCGGAGGAGACAGCUCCACCUGUACCCUUGUGAGCGGGGAGUACACUUUGAACUGGCGUAAAUGGGGGCCCAAUAAACCCGACGAAAUCGUCACUAUCCCAAUUGGUUCUACCAACAUUUAUGCGGCAAUGAAAGAAAAAAACAGAAAUAUGUUGGGAGUGAAAAAUGAGAAUAAUCAAUGGGUUUACAGGGUGGCAUACACUUGGAGUACUGUAGUGAGAGCUGCUGGAACCAAAGUGGCUUACGAUCACGAGGAUUUCUUAUGGAAAGACAAAGUUGAAAUACCUGGGCCCACUAAACAAAUUCUGAAACUCAUGUACGUGCAUAUUGAAGGAUCAAACCCUGGAUUAGAAUAUCAGUUUUUAUCGCCCGAGAAAACUGAAGUAUCUCCUGGUCAGGUCGAGUGGAAGAUCGGAAAGUGGGACAUGUGCUCUGAAGACUGCGCUGGAGGGGUCCAGAAGCGACUUGUUGAGUGUGUACGUAAGGACGAUGGAAGUUAUGUCAAUGAUAAAAUGUGCCUCAAAACCGAACCUAAGCCACCGAUGAAGCAGGCUUGUAACACGCAGCCCUGUGAAGCUGAAUGGUACGAGUCUGGUUGGCGUCCAUGUUCAAGGACCUGUGGCAAAGGAACUCAGCUGAGACAGAUUGUGUGCAGGCAAAAGAUAAAUCAGUCUCAUUAUGAGACGCUCGAGGACUCCUCUUGUACAGAGCAGAAACCGAUCGUGGUUCUUCAGCAGGAUUGCAACAAAGUCGCUUGCCCGGCUGAGUGGAAGCAUUCAGCGUGGAGCGAAUGCUCUCGGUCAUGUGAAGGUGGUAUGAUGACUCGCACUCUGAAGUGCAUGAGACUGAACGCGCAAGGAAUGCUGGUAUCUGUCUCAGCCGUCCAGUGCGUACACGCCGUCAAACCUACAACAGAGGAAGAAUGCAACACCGACAUUACUUGUCCACAGGCUAUUGAGGGCCAGGAUGGUAAGCCAUUUACACCACUUGGAUGUUUCAAGGACUCCAAAAAUGUUGCAGACCGUGCGUUGCCGGAUUUAGUUGACAAUAUGCGAGGAAAAAUCGACUGGAAGCACUUGGAGAACGUCGUUAAGGAGUGCGCUCAUAAAGUGGUGAUGAAGAAUUCUACUCUUAAGGUAUUUGGCAUCCAAUUUUGGGGAGAAUGUUGGUCAGGGUCUGACGCAGAGAAGACUUACAGCGAAUAUGGAUCGUCUCAGAAUUGUUGGAAAGGAGUUGGAGGAACACGAACCAAUUUCGUGUACGAGUUUAUCGAUAAUAAGAGCCCGUAGUGUUGCGCUUUCUACCUACAGUGAACAAUACUUGCAUGAAGAAAAUUGAAGAAAACAAACGGGAAGUCUUUCCCAUGCUGAUUCCAUUGUAGUUUAGCAACGCUGAAAAUUGAAUCUCCUUGAAAACAUAAAAAUGUAAUGAAAUUCGUGUUAGUCAGAGCUAACAUGCGCAAAGUUCUGUCGACUGUUCAAGCUGCUGAGCAGGACUAGAGAAAAUAAAAUUACCAACGCUA